AUGUAUCAAGCAAUUGGCGAAAGUGCAGCUGGACUUUCUCCAAUUUCUUCAUGUUUACGUACGCUGUUUGAAGAAGAGCCAGCCCAAAGUGGCGUUGCUUCGCCGGGUGCAAUUUCUUGCCCCUAUCCGGCCGAAAUCGCCCAACGAUUCAUUCUUUUAUAUUCGUCGAUGGAUAGUUCUUUGGACCAGAAUUUCAAAUCAUACUCCACAAAAUUGGGAUCCAUUUCUCCGAGGAAAAAUAUCAAUGCCAAAUACUUUUGUGUCGGAUAUGUAGACGCAAACAAUGAAGAGUCCUUUACGUUGGAAACUUUCGAGUCCAUGAUUUGUUCUUCAUACCAGCAAAAAAAGCAUUUUAUCAUCGCCAGGGUUACCACUUGCGACCCUACAAAUUCAAACAAAUUGUACUACUCAUUCUAUUAUGGACCCCAAUUGAACAGGAUCCUGUUUAAAACGGAAAAGCCUACUGCAAAUAGACCGGCAUAUUUACAUCGAAUGCAUUCCAAAAAUCCCCUCAACAAUAUGGACAUCAUUGGCGAUGUCGAGUAUUUCAUAAUUUCGCCAGAAGACGUCGAUAUCGCCAAGGACCAUUGUAAUGUUGAGGAUGCUUUUUAUCUGAAGGCCUCUUUGCUCGAUUUAGAGUCUUAUUUAAACACAGAGAAAGCGACCUCGGGAUCGUAUCAGACCGAUGCUGAGAGCAACGCAAACAACAAAGCAUUUGAGUCGGCCAUUCUUUAUAGGGCACACUAUUUGGCCUCUGACGAGGACUUUCUACGAAGCGUGGAAUUGAGAACCUUUUUCAGCCAAAACUCCAUCACUGACGACAUGUCUUUUUUUGAAUACCAACGACCGGUCAACGAUAGAUAUAACCCUCUUUUAUCGACAUUCCCAUUUGAAACGUACGGGCUUCGUUCAGAUGACAUCGCCAUCAAUCCCGAAAGAGUGAUGAUCGACAUUUCGACCAUCAAUCCGGCUGGCUCCAACUUUGCUUGCUUCUCAUGUUUUGCCAACAAAUCAAAAGAGUUCCAUCGCAAUUUCUUUGUCCUGGUGAUAACAAGUUACUUGCUAAUUUCUCUCUCCCUGCUAAUAUUUGUAAUACCUAACAGUUUCAAAGGACUGCUUGGAAUAGCAAUGGUGAUAGGGCUAUGUGCAUUGCUCAUUAUCUUCAUAGAAAGCGAUCGUAUCACGCAUACCACAUCGGCCGCGGCUGCUUUGAUGACGGCUGCUGAGCUUAGACGCCAGGAUCAGCCUCGACCCGAAACCGAGGUUCAUCCAAUGCGCCCCAGCAACAAUCCCAUGAUGGCUUCAUUCCCGCGAUCCUCGCUGCCGGAAACGAAUGGCCUUGCGCCGAUGAAUCCGAUCGCAGUUGUCUAG